GAUUUCAGUUACUCUGUAGUCCGUACUCCGCGCAGACCGCACUGACUCAGCUGUCACUCCCAAUAUACCCUUGGAGGAUGGGAGGCUCAUGGGCAUUCCGCGACGCAGAGUCCCCGCGACACACAGGCCCGUACCAAGAGUCGGGAGAAGAUACAUUUUGAGCACGACUAGACCAAGAUGAAGGUGUCAGUGCGUGUGAGAGGAGAGUGGCUGCAGGUUCCGUGCAAGACAGGUUCGGAGACCGUGGCUUGGUUGGGAGAAGAAAGUUUGAAGAGGUACAUGAAACUGAAGCCAGCGACGCACGUUCCGAACAAGGUCGAAAAAGUGGCAAGAGUUCGCAAGACGAGGGGAGGCGCCAUCCUGGACCCCUGCGAUCAUGUGGGCGAAGUUCUAGAUGACAACGACUUCGUAUCCGUAGUGCUGGACAGUGACCGGCCAAAUCCUGUGACGGAGAAAGCAGAAGUAAAAUACGUCACUGAACAACUUCCAGGCCGAUACACGGCCCCCGAAGAAUACUUAACUCUGGAUGGCGCCACGCUCACCCCAGAGGAUCUGAUGGCUCUGGGAAAAUGCUGCUACAAGAUUCGGCUGAGCCAGGAGGCGGAGGACGCGGUGAGGAAGUCGAGGGAACUUGUGGACAACAUCAUCAAGGAGAAGAAAGUUGUUUACGGCAUCACGACUGGCUUCGGAAAAUUUGCUCGCACUGUCAUUGCUGAGGAUAAGUUAGAAGAAUUGCAAGUGAACGUGAUUCGCUCCCACGCAGCUGGUGUGGGUUCUCCGCUUACUGCAGAGAAGACGCGGAUGUUGCUGGCGCUGCGAGUGAAUGUGUUGGCCAAAGGUUGCUCCGGGAUCAGCCCUGAGACCCUUCACCAGUAUAUUGACGCCUUCAAUGCCUCGUGUCUUCCGUGGGUGCCUGAGAAAGGAACCGUGGGCGCCUCAGGAGACCUCGCCCCACUCUCCCACUUGGCGCUGGGCAUGAUGGGGGAGGGCAAGAUGUGGAGCGCGAAGACUGGAUGGGGCAAUGCCAGAUACGUGCUUGAGGCCCACAACCUGCGGCCCAUUCAGCUGAGACCCAAGGAAGGCAUUGCGCUCAUCAACGGCACGCAACUUAUCACAUCCAUCACGGCGGAGGCGCUGGAGAGGGCGGAGACAGUGGCUAAGCAGGCGGACGUGGUGGCUGCCCUUACCCUGGAGGUGUUAAAGGGAACAUCACGAGCCUUUGACAGUGACGUACACAAGUUGCGUCACCAUAAAGGCCAGAACGAGGUGGCGAGAAGAAUAAGGGCGCUGCUUCACAAUGACACCUACCGCUCUGAAAUUGCAGAGUCCCACCGCUUCUGUGAUCGGGUACAGGACGCCUACACGCUUCGCUGCACGCCUCAGGUUCACGGCAUCGUUCACGACACCAUCAGUUUCGUCAGGAGUAUCAUCACAGACGAGAUGAACUCCGCCACAGACAACCCGUUGGUGCUGGUGGAGCGUGACGAAAUCAUCAGCGCAGGUAAUUUCCACGGGGAGUAUCCAGCCAAGGCGGCGGACUACCUGGCCAUUGGUAUUCACGAGAUUGCUAACAUGUCUGAACGCCGCAUUGAACGUCUUGUUAAUCCAGCCCUGAGUGAGUUGCCAGCAUUCCUGAUAAAAGAAGGUGGUCUUAAUUCAGGAUUCAUGAUACCCCACUGUACUGCGGCUGCCCUUGUGUCUGAGAACAAGGUGCUGACACAUCCUGCCAGCGUGGACUCCCUUACAACAUCGGCCGGCACAGAGGAUCACGUGUCCAUGGGAGGCUUUGCGGCGAGGAAAGCUUUGACGGUGGUGGAGAAUGUUGAGCACGUGAUUGCCAUUGAGUUGUUAGCAGCGUGUCAGGCCAUCGAGUAUCUGCGUCCGCUGAAGACCACCACGCCCCUCGAGGAAGUCAUCAGGGUCGUCCGCUCAGUGUCAGGCCCCCUGGAGAAGGAUCGCUUCCUCGCCCCGGACAUUGACGCCGUGACGGACCUACUCAAGGAAAACAAGAUCUGGCAGGCUGUCAAGAACCACAUCGAACACUACCACGCUGUACAGGACGUGGAGACACGGGUAUUCUCCCCUACCAUGAGUUUCGUGGGUCCCGGGCCGCUGCAAGUGAAGAGAGUAGCUGACAUAUCCAACGGAAGUCGAUCCAGGUCACCCGCCACACCGAAGCGCCAACGAACCUCCAGCAGAACCUCCAACUGACGGGCGCACCUUCACUAGACACCUGACGAAGGCUUGGCGUGGCUUGGCGUGGCUUGGCGUGGCUUGCCUCUCAUGUGUGUGUGUGUGUGUGUGUGUGUGUGUGUGUGUGUGUGUGUGUUGCUUAGCUCAUGGUCAAGUUAGUCUCUAUACUAGGGAAUGAUUUACUCCUUCAGUACUGGGACACAUUUUUACUUUGAGAUCUGUGUACGAUUAGACCAUUUUAUUGACAUUAGGAAGGAUCUACGGAGAUCAGAAUAUUAAUGGCCACAGUCUUCACUAUUUUAAUCUCCUACAUGAGUUUCUGAAGCUGUAUAAAGUCACCAAAUAGUAAGCAGAAUGAAUAUGGAAACGCGUCAUGGUACUGAAGGGGUUAAGUAACAGACAGCAGUGAUGAAGACUCGUUGUUGUUGUUUAGUUAGCUUAAAACUUGCAUUCCGGAGCACUGUUUUUGGCUUCCCUUGCUUCCUUUCCGUAGGUUCUAAGAUGAAGUUACUGAGAUCUACUUUAAGGGUUAGUUCGGUGAGUUUUCCACAACAUCAGCGGGAGAGUCACCCUUUUUAAGAAUCCGUCUGGUGUGGGAGUUUGGAAAUAGUUGGUAAGAGAUCCUCAGUGUUUUAGAUUUAGAAUACCGCCUCAGAACCAGCAGGACUCGCGAGUUGCUGAGCCAUAAAUGAAAACUCUGAUCUGGUAUAAGUUUGAGCCAUGCGUAUCAGUUUUUAUCUUUUUUUUUUUUUAUCUCUUGUGAUUCUUUCCGAGGAUCAUUACUUUGGUAUGCUGUCAAAAUUGUUCACUUGUUUUUUUUUUUUCCACGUUCACCAGUUUUCUUUUAGUUUUCCCUCAUGCAUUUCUUACAGUAGGUUGAGGUUUCCCCCAUAGCAUUUCCCCGUGUGUGUGCCAAGGAGGAGACGGCUAAGUGAUGCGAUACAUACACUGACAAAACAAAACGUCAAUAUGCAGGAAGGGUUUGUUCUAGCAGCGGAGGGGGAAUGCUGUACUAUGCUGUAGAUCUAUUGAUGCCAUAAGGGAUGCUGCAAGGUGUGCGGACAACUGGAGGACACUCGUUACUAGGCAUUGCCUCAACCCAACAACUGCGAAACGAGGCGAAACAACCUAACUUAACCCAACUCAAUCCAACCUAAUCAAACAAAACCAAGCAAAACUUUACCUCACCUAAUUUGACCUAACCUGAUACCAGCGAAACGAGAAGAAAACCGCGAAUCUCAGAGCCGUUUAGCCGAACAAGCAUAGUCAGCAAAGAGAAUCAAGGAAAGCCCGUGUUUACAUGCAGUGUAUGUAUUGCAUCACGUAGGAACGAUUUAUUUGAGUGACCGCGUUAUUCUUGUGUUGGAUGUGAAAAUUCCCGCUUAUAGUUGUUUGGUAUUAAAAUGAAACGCUUUGCGCUGUCCGUCGCUGGCGCCUCGACAUUUCACUAAUAGUGCUGUCACACCUUACUCCGUCCUCACCACGUCCUGACAAUUUUGUCAGGGCGUGGUGAGUAGCGGGUGGACGUAUUGGUGACGCAGUGUGGACUGCAAGGACAGCAAAGACGUGGACCAGUUUUGAUUCUGCUCAUAAUUUACGUAGCUAGAGCGUGGUCGAUUUAGGACAGGGCGAUAACCGUUUGCUGACGUAGUACUGACGUAAUGCUGACUACCUUGACAUACUAGUGACGCAGCGAGGACGUGGUUGAGAGGGUGGUGACUUAGCAAGGACGGGAAUAAGUUGCCGCUACGCAACCAUUUCGAGCAUUCCACAUUCAUGCAAUUAAGACUGCGUCACUCUAUACUGAGUCCCCGUCAAGACAUUGCUGGGUCAGUACUCUGCUCAUUCACGUGCUUGCUACGCUGCGUCGGUCAGUACUACGCUGGCACCAGGUCACCCACAAGUUAGCGCAAAGUCAAUACCGGGUCAUUGAUAGGUUUUCACCUUGUCUGCCGGAAAGUUUAUAUAGGAGCGGGAACCUUCUCUUCUCAGUUCGGUUCCUCACCAUGAACCGUCAACAAAUCAUGUACCAGAUAAUCCUGCCUGGAUGCUGACUCUGCUGCUGUUAUGCCGGCCAGAAGGAGACAAGGCAGAACAUGUUGGGUCAGAGACUGGUUGCAUCAAGAAAGCAGACUCCUGUUUGGUCACUGCCACAGACUGAUGGAAAAUUCGAGGUUACAUGAUGAGGCCUCAUUCUUCAACCUUCUCUGCUGUGUGACGCAUGACGGGUGCCGCAUCACACUGACCUGACGCGUGUCUACUGGGAACUUAUUGCACGGUGGGGAAACGUGGUGAGUACCAAAAGAGCUUGGCACGCGCCUGAUCACUCGCUUGAUAUCCACGUAGUGCGAACCAAUUGGACGUGGUGAUAACUCAGCAGUGACCGGAUUGGUGACCAGUAAUGGCUUGGCAGCAGCAUAGUGGUGGGUCCAUUUCCCUUUCUCAACACAUCCUCACCACAAGAAAAGAAAAAGAAAUAGAUAAAUAAAAAAAAAAUAGAAAAAGAAAAGUCCUGAAAACUAUUGAGAGCGUGGUGAGAACUUGGUGCGCGUAUAGUGAGGAGCCUAGUGUGUGUGUGUGUGUGUGUGUGUGUGUAACGCUUGCCUUCAGUUUUAGGGAUACAUUAAUUUUAUUCGUAUUUUGUGGAUGUGUUUGUGUCUAGAUGACAUUUUUCUUUCCGUGUUAUUUAAUUUUCUUUUCCCUUCCUCCAUUCUGUUCCUUCCUUCCUUCCUUUUUGUCUUUCGUCUAACCCGUCACUUUUCCUUUUUUCCUGUUUCUCUCUCUUUCCCUUUCUUCCUCUUCCUUGUUUACAUUCCCAUCUUCCUUCCUUCCUUCCUUCCUUCCUUCCUUCCUUCCUUCCUUCCUUCCUUCCUUCCUUCCUUCCUUCCUUCCUUCCUUCCUUCCUUCCUUCCUUCUCUCUCUCUCUCUCUCUCUCUCUCUCUCUCUCUCUCUCUCUCUCUCUCUCGGCGACGUUUUUUUUCUCUCCAACUUUGCUUUUUGACCGUCUAUGAACAAACAGCUACGAUUUAUUUCUCUUUGGUUUACUUUUUGCUCUUUCGCCUAUACAAAGUUUUUUUUCUUGUAUACGUAUUAUUAUUAUUAUUAUUAUUAUUAUUAUUAUUAUUAUUAUUAUUAUUAUUAUUAUUAUUAUUAUUAGGCGGUUCAAACUGGGAAGGAAAAGUUUUGCUGUCAGACGAUGUACGAUAACGUUGUGUUUUGCUGUAUGACUGACUGCCGCGCCACCUCGUGUUUCCUUCUUCCUCGCCCUGUCCCCGCCACCAUGCCACGCCUCACUAGGGUGUGUGGGGGAGCCGAGGAACACUUAGGUAUAUCCUUUCACAAUCAUCAGUGGGAAUUAGUGCCAUGUGACCGCGAUGUUGCGCCGCUUUACAAUUUUCAGUGAGGUCGUUGACACCAAUAAAAGAUAUUCACUGA